AAGUAAGUAGAUAGAUGAGAUGAGAUCGCGGGUAAUUUUUCGCUCAUGUCUCUGGUAAUGUGUAAAAUCGCAUACGAGGAUUAAUUUAAGUUUAAUUGGACAAUAGAGAAUGGAGUUUUACCCGGUAUCUCAUAUGUCUCCCGUAAAAAGAAAGAUUUUGGGAGACAUUAACAACACAGCUGAUUCCCCAAUAUCGCCCACAGCAAACCUCAAACUACUCACUAAAGUUGCUAGUCAAUGUGACUCAAUAGAAAAUGCCAAUAUUACACCAACUUGUAAAAAGGAGGUAGGCCUAUCUGAAAAGAAUGUACAUCCUCAGAUAAAAGGAAAUUUGCGGAAAUUUAAAUCCCUAGGAUUUUUAUGUGACAAGUUUUUGAAACUUUUUCCGCUUGACGUCUCAGAGUAUAAGACACCCGUUAUUCUUCUCUCAGAUCUUGCUAAAGUACUUGGUGUGGAGAAACGGAGAAUCUAUGACAUCAUAAAUGUUGUGGAAAGUCUUCAAAUGGCGACAAAGAUCGGCAAAAACUCAUACUCGUGGUCUGGGAGAAGAAAACUAGCAGACAUUCUCAGCCAGCUGAAAGCAUAUGCUGAACAACUGGGUCUAACACAAUAUGUACGUAGAGAACAACUGAGACGAAAUCUUUACCUUCGUGUUGGCCAAGACGAGGUGGACUCUUGUGAAGGGGACGGCACGUUCAUACAAAACUCCAACAUUGCCAGUUUCUUCAAAAAUGAACGCAGAAUUGGCAUUCUUUGCCAAAAGUUUGUGAUGCUGUUUUUGGUUUCCCUUGAGGGAGGUCUGAUUAACUUGGAACUGGCAGCCGAUGUGUUGGUGGCCGAUGAUUGCCAACAGAACAAGACGAGACUGCGACGGCUAUACGACAUUGCUAACAUUCUAAUGUCUCUGGGCAUCAUCACAAAACUGGACGAUGUCUAUGGAUGGAAGAAGCCAGUGUUUCAAUACGUUGGUCCUUCAUUGCAGAGACUGGAUAACAUCAACUACGAAAGUGCCUUUCUCAGUAACCUGGUCAAGACUGAACUUUCCGACGGUGUCAGCUCUGAUUUGUCUGAGGACAGUAACGACGUGAUAGAGGGAAAAAGCAGCGUAGAGACAGACCAUUCUUACUCCAUGGAUCUUUCAGCUGCAGCAACGCAGCAGCCUCCUGCCAAGAAACGGCUUGUGUUCGGGACGGACAACAAUAUAGUCUUGGCCACGAACAAACCCGUUGUGAUACAGAGACCUGUGAAGCCUGUAACUCUAGCACCACCAGGGACUCGAAUGCUGCGCUUGGUAAGCUCAGCCAGAACCUCUCAACCCAUAACCAGUGGUGGACUCUACAAAGCGCUUAAAAUCGGAAACAGUCUUCAUUUCAUCAAAGUAGAUGACUCUUGAGUUUUCUUUUUACUUUAGAGUGAUGUAAUUCUACGUAAGAGUGAAAAUAGUAAUCUUGGGAAUCAAAUGCCAAAAAUGUUUUUUUGUAAGAUACGAGUUAAAUUUUUUUUAUUGGGGGGUUAAAACGGUAUUUAAGGGUGUGUGGUAAGAAGGUAAUGGUAAAUGUGCAAUAAAAUGCAAGUCAGUGUACAGUAAGAUGGUGUUUUAGAUAAUUAUUGUUAUCAAUGUUUUUAAUCAUAGUGAUUUAAUUCAUUACAAAUUGUAUAUUGAUUCAUAUCAACGUUUUUGUUUUAUAGCUCUAAAGAUUGUGUACAGUGAACUUAAAUAGUGUGUUAUUGAAUUGAUCAGUUGUGUUAAUUUUUUUUGUGAAAAAAUCUGAAUGAAAAUCUUUAUUAUAUAAUCACUAAACCAUACAAUUAAUAAUGUCUUUAAAUCAGUAUAUUUUACUGUUAAAUAAAAGUAAGAUUAUAUUAAAACCUUUCUUCAGGAUCAGUUUUUAAGUUACAUUUAUGUAGUAUAUGUAUUUUUAAUCCAGAACAAUAUUCAAAUUGACACAGUUAUAUGUAUCUGCAAAAGAAUUUGUACCUCUUUAGUUUUGUGAUUUUGUCUCAUGUCAACUGCACAAUAGUUUAAAAGUUCUUUCAGUCCAAGACCAAGAGAGAAAUGAUGAAGUCCUUAAAUUCUCAUUGUUCCACUUGCUGCUUUAAUACAUAUCAUUAAUAUAAUGAAUUGUGCUAUUUUGUGUUAUGUAUUUUGAUCUCUUGAUUUUAAAAGGAAUAUCAAUUCCUUAAAUUGUUAAUAAUGUACGAUUAUUAUUAUUAUAUUAGGUAAUAAGUUCUUUUUACCAUCAUUACCUUGUUGGGAUAAUAUCCCACUCUGUGCCUUUUAGAGUUAAUUUAUGUGCUCAAUCGUUUAAGUUCCCAGUGUAGUUAAGUGCAGUAGAAUUCUGGGAAUUCCUCUUCAAUUUGUAUAUAAGAUGAGGUAUUGGACCCUUCCAUCAUUCUUGUAGAACCAAAAUCUGUCAAACUAUAAACGCUUAUCAUCAAAUGGGUGAUUCGUAUGUACCACAUUUUUUAUUGAUUUUAUCCAAGUACUUACAGUUUUGUAACUAAUAUGGUUAUCAGAAUUCUGCUGUUGACUGAUAUUUUUAUGGGAAACAGUAAAUACUAGUCAUUCUGUCCCAACUUUGUAUGAUUUAUUUUGUAAAAAAUAUUUUAAUGUAUCGUCUUCCAACAAAGAGUGUAGAAGUUAAUGCAUUUUUUAGAAAAACAAGAGUUGUUUUACAUCAUGAAUAAGCCAUAUGCCAAUUAGGCUAUAUAAAUUACUAUUAUAAUUACAGCAUUAUGUUCCUUUGCUUUAAAUUACAGUAAGUAAUUUUAGUAAUAGUAAAUUCAAAGUAUUAAGUCAUUAUGAAUUUACUACUAAAUGCUAUUCAAAGAUGAUCUCUUGGUAAUGAUGGUUAAGGUAUAAAAUGUUUAUUUGACUGUUGUAGAAAUAAGAGAGAUUUCAAUUAAAUUUUAUUUUAUAGAGAAGGAUUUAAAAAUGAUAUUUUUGUUAGACAUGCAAAGAUUUAAAA